GUACAAUUGGCCCUAACACGGCAAGGUUAACCCACAAUUCCAAGCCAAGCAACCAGCUUAUUUUGUCUAACCAGCGCCUUUAGAGGUUUUUCUCUUGGUACCCGACCCAAUCAGCAUGGAAUAAUCGCUAUGCGGAUGUUGCACCCGGGCGCAACCUUGCACUCAUUCCCCCGUAGAUGACUUAUAGGUUGCAUGUUUCGCCCAUCCACUGUGUAUUACCGAUCCAUUCAUGGGGUCUCUAAUUCUAGUGCCUAAAAUGGCUCUUGGAUUUCGAGGUUUGGCAGUUACAACACUAUGCAUCGCUCUUGUCACGGUUUUCUGUGUAUGCCCCUUAUAUUUCAUGGGGGAUCCUUAUCCACUGGUCAAGGAAACUCAGAAAAUUCAGAAAGCCGCUUUUACAACACCGCUCACGAUUCAAAAUAAUUACUUUAUCGUCGACUUUACACUGGGAAGCCCUCCUCAGCCGUUUCGCGGGGUUCCUGCGAUUUCCUGGCGCCCGGUUGUGCUAGCACCCGCCAGUUACGAGCUUGAAGAGGAUGUGCAAUAUAUCGAAGAGCAUGGGAAAGAGUACCCACACAAAUACAACUCGAGCCUUUCGUCUACGGCUGUUGUGUCCGAUACGCUCGUCGCGACCGGUGAUCGCAUGCUGCUCAGCGGUGUUGGGAAUAUGUCUUACGAAACCCUCAACGUUGCCGGGAUACAAGCAGCAAAUCAGUCAUUUGUGGCUUUGUCAGGCAUAGGACAGGAAAUUCCCAGCUUGUUACAUAUUAUGUACGGUGGUUACGGUCUAUUCGAUGGUGCUAUUGGUCUUUCACCCUCCAACCGCCCCAGCAAAUCGGGACUUGAAAGCCUGUGGAUGAAUAUCGCCAGGCAGGACAUCCUUGACGCCCACAUCCUGUCUCUCAAGCCGCCUCGGCCCGGAUCCAGUGAGCUUGGCGAGAUGGCUUUCGGUAUCACGGAAGACUACCAACGCCUAGCCGACCGCUUGGUGCGCAUGAAGGUCGAGAUGAAUUCAGUUUCACGUGAAUUUAUUGAGCCGUGGCAAGUUGAGGGACGGGCGAUUUACAGCGGUAGUAACCAGAUGCAACUCCAGCCCGGCAAUCAUACGGUCAGGUUCAGUACGGAAACUCCACUUCUCUUACUGCCUAAAGAGAGCAUUCGGGACGUACUGAACGCGACCCGCACUAUUGUAACCGACAAUAAGGGCUGGAGUGUGCCCCGUCUCCCCUGUGAGGCGCGAGCCGAUAUUCCGGACGUCACCAUCGAUAUAGGUGGGCAUAAUUUCACCAUCACGCCGUAUGACUUCCUCUCCGAGGUUCGCUAUAGUGAUGGUAGCGUGGAGUGUGCCCCGCAAAUCGGUACAUCGGACGGGAACUUUCUAUUACUCGGGGGGCCAUUCUUGAAGAAAUUUUAUAGCGUUUGGGAUCGAGAUAAUAUGGAGAUUGGAUUGGCCCCGUUGAGCGAGCUGGAGCGUUGAGAAUCUUUUUGAGAGAUAAGAGAUUUGUGGUCUGAGUUGAAUAGCUGGAGGACUAG